AUGCCAGAACUUACCAAAAAACCAGCCAGAGGCGCAGCCCAGCGCAAACGUACCGGUAGCAGAACCCUUGUCGCAUGCAUCACCUGUAAAGACAGGAAACUCAGGUGCGAUGAGCAAGUCCCAGCAUGCGGUAACUGUCGCCGUAGCGGCCAAAGCUGCUUUAUUGAAGAUCCAUUGACAAAACGACAUCAACCACGAAAUUACCUCGAGACACUGGAGCAGCGUGUUCUUCUAUUAGAAGAACAGUUACGACAGGCUGAGUCGGGCACAGCCAGCGGACCAAGCCCUUCCUCCAACACUCAAUCUACCUUCUCGGACCGGACCAGCUCAACUGCCGUCGAAGGACCUCUCGAGCUCGAUGACUUAUCGUCAAUGAUAGGAACUCUGAGCUUGAACGCAGCGGGGGCAGAGCCAAGCUACCUUGGUGCUUCAUCUGCGUUCGCAUUUGCACGUUUCUUUAAGCCUUCAAUUCGUCAAGCCGUUGCUUCACUGCCACCGGAAAUCUCGUCAAUCUCAAGAUCCGGUGUACAUGGUCAUGUAUCCAUAGCUCCCGAACCUUGCCAUCUUCCGGACUAUCAGACUGCUGUCAAACUGAGCAAUGCCUACUUCCAUAACUUCCAUCCUCAAUACCCAUUCUUGCAUGAACCGACCUUUAGAAUGUGGGAGACUGCGCUAGAGGACCCGAUUGAGGCUAUGAGUUGUCUCGGCUACGACCCUGUGCCUCUGUACUUUUUGAACAUGGUUUAUGCAAUCGGGGCCCUUUUGAGGCCUGAUCUAGGAUAUUCUGCAGAACAACUCUAUGUCUCUGCCAUGCUGUACGUUGAUGAGAUCAUUUGCAACGACAACCUCGAGUGCAUACAAGCAAUAUUAUGCUGCGCGGCUUAUUCCCUACGCUCUUCCAAGGGCACUUCACACUGGAAGCUUGGAGGACAGGCUUUGCGUCAUUGCGUGAACCUAGGUUACCAUCGGGACCAGAAACGACUCCGGUCGAUGCUAGAUCCAUUACAACGAGAGCUACAAAAGCGGGCAUUUUGGAGCGCGUACGUGAUGGAGUGUUCUGCUGCUGUGAUGCUUGGAAGGCCACUGAGUCUUCAUUAUCAAGAAAUCGACGCUGAGUUCCCUAUCGAUAUCGAAGAAUCGCAGAUCUCUUCAGCUGGCAUUUACGGUACCCCGCGUUCGUCGCCAGAUGAUCCACCAACAAUGAUGACACAAGCCAUCCAUGGUUUCCGUAUCCGUGCUCUAAUAGGAAGAAUUCAGACAGCGCUGUACUCGGAUAGCACGCUCAAGGAUGCGACUAUUCGGCAGGCUCUUGUCCAGCAUUUGUCUAACGAGUUGGAGGAAUGGUAUGCAUCUCGCCCACCGCCAAUGGCGCCGCCUAAGGAGGGUGCAUUGGCCUUCUUCGUGAGUGCAGACUGGUAUGAAGCCAACUAUAACUACGCCGUUCUGCAGCUCUUCCGUCCUCAAAUUACGGAUAUGAAAGGUUCAGCCCUGGAUCAGACAUUCCUAAAAUGUCUAACCACAUCCAAGAAUACAUGCCAUAUAUUUCGUCGCCAAUAUUUUGGAAAGCCGAUGUCAUACACCUGGAGUGCCGUGCACGAGCUCUUCCUCGCUGGACUAACAUACCUCUACUGUCUGUGGAUGUCACCCGCCGCACGGCAGACAUCUCGUCAUGAUCAAGUCAGUAAUACUUGUAUGGACUGUACUAUGGUUCUUGUGAUACUGGCUGAGCGCUGGCCUGAAGCAGCGCCUUUUCGGAACAUCUUCGAAGUCCUUGCAAGUCGUACCAUGACAAUGCUGAGUGAUUCCCAUCAAGGCAAGGAGGUUGACCCUAUUGCAAUUGGGCCGGAAUCAGAAACGUACCCUGAGGGGUUAUCACAGUGGAUGGAAGGGAUCUCCGAUUCAGGAAUUACGACAGGGGUUGACUGGUUGUUGAGUGAGUUGAUAGAUGAAUUCACGGCUCCAGAAUAG